AUGGAGCUGAAGGCCAAUGUGCUGGACGGCAGCUUUUGCAAUGUUCACGAUGAACCUCACCACGCAAACUCCCCGCCGCCUGAUGACUCUUUGCCUAAUGCCAACUUUCUGCCUGCUGCAGACUGCCUGGCUAAUGACAACUUCACAAACGCCCCAGCCGCUGAAUUUGUCCCCAAGGAGCUCAAGGCCAAUGUUGUUUCAAUCUCACCCACCGCCAAUGAGGAGCUCAAGCCCAACCCACUGGCGGCCAUUGUCAGCCCACCCACUGCUGACUGCGGUCUUGCCAAGCCCGUGGACGAGGCGCUCAAGGAUGAUGUGCUGGAAAGCAGCCCCCAUGAUGUUCAUGAAGGAACCCACCACGCAUACUCCCCGCCGCCUGCCAACUCCUUGCCCACUGCCGACUUUUUGCCCACUGCUGGCACCUCGCCUGCUGACAACUCUUUGCUUGCUGCCAACUCCUCACCUGCUACUGACUCGUUGGCCAAUGACAACUCCUUGCCUGCUGAUGACGCCUCCCCCGCAGAAGUCUUCACCAAGGAGCUCAAGACUGAUUUUGUUUCAAUCUCACCCACCGUCAGUGAGGAGCUCAAGCCCAACCCACCGGCGGCCAUUGUCAGCCCACCCACCGCCAACUGCGCUCUUGCCAAGAACCCGCCACCUGCUGACUCCUUGCCUACUGCCAAAUCUUUUCCCACUGCUGACGCCUUGCCCGCUGCCAACUCUUUUCCCACUGCUGAUGCCUUGCCCGCUGCCAACACCUUGCCUGCUGCCAACUCCUUGCUUGCUGCCAACGCCUUGCCUGCUGCCAACUCCUUUCUUGCUGCCAACUCCUCACCUGCUGAUGGCUCUUUAGCCAAUGACAACUACUCACCUGCCCCAGCCAUCAAGGCUGUCACUGAAGAGCUCAAGGCCAACAUUGCUUCACUCUCACCCAUUGCCAAUGGGGAGCUCAAAACCAAACCACCGGCGGCCAUCGUCUGCCCACCCACCACCAACUGCCCUCCCGCCAAGUCUGUGGAAAAGGAUUUGAAGGCUGAUGUGAUAGAAAACAGCCUUGGCAAUUUUGUGGGCAAGCGCAAGAAAUGA